ACAACAACGGCAACGACGACAACAACAACACCUCAGCCAACUCCUUGAAAAACGAACACGACCAGCCAGUUAAUAGUUGAUGUUAUGAACAAACUGUUUCAAUCACCAAUGCAUCUUGACAUUGGCAGUGGGUUCAUUGGAUUGCCCAAAUUCGAGGACGUGUGUGUCUGGUACCAAAAUAACUCAUCUCACGAUGAGCCAGUGACGAUUGACGAUUGAAUUUUUUGAGCUCGCAGCUUGGGCGGGGACAACCCAGCCCACGUGCAGUUGGGACCCUUUGAGUGGUCCUUUCAUCUCAAGAGAAUUGCCGCAAAUCGCGCAAUGAGUGACGUGCUAGUUUUCCCUCGUGAGUGACAUAGUUAAAAUAAUCCGCUGACCAUUCGAUUGACAUGCAAAUUAUCCGUAACGGUCAGUUUUCCUCGACCAGUCCAAUCCAGACACUAUUAGCCUUAGCUCUACACAUGGAAAAACAACGGUUGGACGAGUAGGGUGCAUAUGAAUUGCCCCCGUCCCACCAUUCACGAACUGGACGAGACUGGAAUAAUUGGUUUGUGAUAAUUCCGGAUUCCGACGAGUCGCUAAUUCAAUGUCAAACCAAUCGUGACCCUUCCCCUCCCUCCGAAAAAGCAGUCACUUUCAAGAUUCAAUGGGCGAAACGGGGAAAAAAAGCUCGCUCUGAAGUUGUCUGACUGUCGAUCCUGUGGCGAUGUGCACGAACUUGAAAGCCGAGCUUGAAAAUCAAUGACGACCAUCCAACCAUUCAAAUGAUGAGGAGUCUCGGGUCAAUCCUGUCUUCAGCCAACCCCAUUAUGCACUUUUCGCGGAAAACGAGUUUUUUUUCCUUCUCCUUCUUCUCUUUCUUCCUGCAGCCCUUCUUUACGUAUUCUGCUGCCAUAAAGAUAGCCACCGACUGACUGAUGAUGUUUCGGGGGUGAAUGCCGAAUGGGUCGUUUGUCUGGUACAGUGGUAGUAGUUGAGAGCAGGACGACAAGUGGGAGGGAUCUCCGUGUGUUUUCGAGUCUCUGAGUGGUCAACUAACUCCUUUGACGUCGUUGUCGCUCAUUUACGUGAAUAAUGUGCUUUUCUCGGUCUCGUUCGGGUAGUGAUGGCUGCUCUCGGUUUCAACGACUUUGGGGCCACAUUUUCGGACAGCAGAGAUUCGCUGGCCACUCAAUGACGCGGUCGGUGGUGUUUCUUCAUUCCUGACCACGAAAGAUUAACCCCGAGUAAGUGAAAUCCUCCAAGAACCAAUCGUGGGUCGUUGUCGAAUAUCGGGCUGGACCUGCCCACACUACUGUCUCCCGUCCGAUCUACAUAAGUAUGAAAACGAGUGCCAAACCAUUCAUUUCAUGACCCACCCUCAAUCAGUCUGAAUUUUAAAUCAUUGCACCUCUAAUUGGUUCGUGCCAAGCCACCUUAGUUGACCUUUAAGAGCGAUUACAGUGAUACCAUACAUCCCAGUGACUGUCUCGGCUCUUCGUUAGACAUUUAUACUCGGCUCCUAAAAAGAUGUCCAUGGGCGUGGGCUCACCGCGCUCACGUCCGCGCCCGGGCUCCAAUCAGUCCGCCCACCGCCCUUCGUCGAGCUCGCCCAAUCUGGCCACCUCAACCACACCCACCUCCGGGACGAGGAUCGGACCGCCCAAUGUCGCCCACGCGAGUGUGUUGUCCAAAACCCUGGACGCGGACUUUGAAAGUGUCGGGCUUCUUCGCCUUCGAGGGGCUCCGUUCCCCGGGCCACCCCCUUACUCAUCCGUGGUGUCGUCCCCUCCGCCACCCGUGGGGGCCAUUCCAGUUACCAGUUUGGCCCCGCCCCACUCCUUGGCCGGGACCCACCCCCACUCGACAGUACCUCUCUUGGCUUCCCAAUUGGGCCAGCCCGUGAGCUUGGGAGCGCGGGCUAUAGGCGGCAAUUUGGCAGCUGCUCAUAUCAUGGCUCAAUCCCUAUCGCCACUGGGCACAAUUCCGGCCGGUCACGGCAGAGUCAUGUCCAGGAACGUCAAUGGAACAUUUGCGGUGACAAAUCAGCCGAGUAAUGAGUCCGAACUCCAACUCUACCGUGUGCUUCAGCGGGCCAACCUUUUGCAAUAUUACGACGUUUUCAUCGCGCAAGGUGGAGAUGACGUACACCAACUCUGUGAGGCCGGAGAGGAAGAAUUUCUGGAGAUCAUGGCCCUGGUGGGCAUGGCCUCGAAGCCUUUGCACGUGCGGAGGCUUCAGAAGGCUCUUCAGGAGUGGGCUCAAAAUCCAGGACUCUUUCAAGCACCGCUGGUGCCUCUUAGUAACUUCACUGCGCCUAGUGCGGCAGCGGCUGUGAUUCGAGGAGGAGGUUUGGCAUGCUCCACGCCCCCUACUGUGGUCCCGUCCGGUGGUGCGACUUCCACUGCCGGAUUGACCCAUGGGCCCAUCUCCAAUGCGUCCACUGCGACCGGCCUGACCACGCACUCUCCCCUGACCAUAGCUUCGUCAAUGCACUCGUCACCCGUCACGGCCACGGUUCUGACCAGCUCGCCCAUUUUGCCUCCGUCCACGUCAGCGCCAUCCGCCACCUCGGCCAACUUAUCCGUCCUGGCGAGUGGAGGGGGCCCCGAGAGAGGGGCGAAUUUCCUCUCGCGAUCUUCGCCACCCUUGGGUGCCAUCCCCUUUCCGCCCUCUACGCCCCCUAGCUUACCAUCGGCGGGAAUCAAGGAUAACCACAAUUCCAUCUCGUCAGCCGCCAGUGCCGGAGGUUCAUCACCCGCUUAUUCCCAGAGUGGGAUGGAGUACCCGCCCAUGUCCACGUCACCCCUGCAAUUGACUCCCGUUCUGGUGGAAGGUCAAAUUCAAAAGAUUGCAGACACUGCGGCAGCCCUCGUGAAAGAGCUUCCCCCGACCUUCGACAUGAAGCAACCCACGAACAAGAAGAAAAUCAGUAAAGAGGUCGAGGGUGUUUUGGGCAUGCCAAAUGAGGAUCCCAAAAAGAUGGACGAAGUGCGAAAGUUCUCUGCCAUUUAUGGACGGUUCGAUUGCAAACGAAAACCUGAAAAGCCCUUGACCCUUCACGAGGUGUCGGUAAACGAGGCUGCUGCUCAAUUGUGUUACCUGAUCCCAGCCCUUCUCACGCGAAGGGAUGAGUUGUUUCCGCUGGCCCGUCAAGUGGUUCGCGACUCUGGCUAUCAAUACAGCAAAGGCCACUCUCGAUCUCAAUUCAUCGCGGGGUUCCCCAGCAAGUUAUUCGGGGCCAACAGCUCGAGCGUCCACUCCAAUGGAUCCGACACGCGCCACAACGAGGACUCCAAUAGUCGGGACUCGGUGGGCGGAGCGGGAGACAUGGGUGGGCCACCAGCGGCCAAGAAAGGCCGUUACGACUCGUCCGAUUCCCAAGGGGGAAGUGCCAACCAGGCCGAGGAAGAGGCUCAACUUCGAAGAAAGCGCCGCAUUGAAGCCAUCUCGAUGGAGGUGAACGCCAUUCUGGAGGAAGUGGAGACACUGCAGAAGGCGGCGGAGCACGCCAAAGACGACUCCAAUCUCGCCCUGUUCAAGAGCAUCUCCCAAGAGGUGGAUCGGCUCACGCUCAAGCAAGCCGAAUUGGUUCACGAACAACACGAGCACAUGAAGUUCUUUCGAGCCAAACCUCAGAGUGCGUCCUCUACAAACAUCCGAACCAACAACACCGAUUAUGCGGAAUCGCCCGGAGACGGCAAUGACCAUGAUCCCCUCAAUGAAGACGACCAAGACGAGGAAGACAACUCUCGAUUGUCCGCGUAUUCCAACACAAGCUCGCCACCCCCAACGUCUGGAAGCGGCACAAUCACAUCGGGAAACUUUGUCUUGUCCGAGAGUGGCGGUCAAAUCAUCGCCGUUCAAAAUCCAGCCCUGGUGGCCAACACAUCGCUUCGUGGCCAUAAUCCAUUGCAGCACUCUCAUCAACUCCCACUGAUGCAUAACCAGUACCACCACCUUCACCUCCACCACAACCCGCCCAACGCCGAUGGGAGACAUUCCCCGCCUCCCCAACGUCAGGUCAGGCGAAGGGGCGGAGGGGGAUCUUCCCGUUUGGCCAGGAACAACGGGACCUCCAGCCACAAGUCGCUCUUGGCCUCUUCAUCCACGUCGUCCGUGGACUCCACCUCGGGCGAUCCCCCGGCCCACCGCUGCAGCACGCGCAAGAAGUCACCUGGUUUGGCUCCACCCAAAUCCCCGCCAACGCCUUCAUCCCACUCCCCUGACCAGACUUUCAAGCAAGAGCCAGCCUCACCACCUGCGUCCCUACCACCUCCUCUGGCCCCGCCCGAGUCCUCUUCGUCGCCACGAGGCCACGCCCCCUCCUCGUCCCCCAAUUACUCAGUCCAGUGCCAUGCCAAUGUUGGCGGCAGUAAACGAGCCUCCAAACACUGGAGUUUGUAGCCCUGGGCUCAUAUUCGGAACAAGAUCAUCGGAUCGACCAGAGGUUCCGGCAACAACUCAGGUUGUUUCUUUGGUCGAGUGAACCCUUCAAAGCAAGUUAUACGUACAAACAUGACGCUUGACCUCUCACAGGUCCAUUUUCAACCCUCUUCAGACAGUCAGUGAGGAACUAUGCCAGAACCACUCGCGAAUCUAAUAUUAUCAAACUGAAAAAACCUUUGGCCUGAAAGGCUCUAAAUUUAAGAAGAAAAAGAACAACCAACAGGCAACCUCGAUGUUUCGGAAAUCUUAUACGUAACCAACCAAACAAACAAACGCCUUGAACUUCAUAUCGUCCAAGACGACGAAGUUUUGCCAACGCACUGAAAAGACGAGAAUGCCAAUCCAUUUCUCAUUUCCCGGUUCCAAACCAUUAUGAUUGUACCCAACGGCCUAGCCGAUGGCAAUCAACUUCAAAUUGAGCCCGAACCCGGUGAUGCUUUCCGUUUUCAAAUGAUCAUUAUCAGCGGCAGAAUCAGCCAGAAUUCUAAAUUCCAAAUUCCAUGUCAACCCAGCCAAACGUAACGCCUCCAAUCGUUCAGAAAUUGGACGGCCAUCAAAAUCUCGACUUUGUACAAAAUCUGUUGUUCCAGUUCUCGGCGAGAGAACAUCUAAAAGAAAACAAAAAAACGGAACAGACCGAAAGAAUGGAUUGAAUCCUCAAAUUCAACAACAACCAAAACAAAAAAAGACCCAUUCCAAUGUGUUCAUCAAUUUCGAGCCAGUGAAGCUAUCGAUCCCACAAGAUGAAUCGUCUCGCUUGGAAAGCCAAUUGUCGCACCCUGUGAUACGAAUGCAAUGUCACCGUUUCUGUCUUGACACUAAAUAGGUGUUUCUUUGUGCCCAAUGUUGGUUUGAUGUCCAUUUUUGUACUCAAUCUCGUUUUUUCCCCGAUGUAAUGUAAAGAGGGAGGAGGUCCAACCUCUGGUCACUUUUCCAAUGAUACGUACCACAUAAUUCGCCCAGCAUUUGACGCUCAUCGUAUUGACAUCAUCAUCAUCAGCAUCAUCAUCAUCGCCCUCAUGAUUGAAUGUGACGGGUGAGUCGACGAUUGUACUCGGUAGAUAUCCGUGCCUCAUAUGCAUAACUUCUACCAUCGUGACCAGCACGUAAUUCGAAAUAUAACCUGAACCAGGCUUGAUCUCAAUCAGAACCACCCCUCUGUGUCAAAUGAUUCAUAUUCCACAGGGAUCGCGCUUUUAUUUCUUGACUUUCUUCAGAUAGGGAUGAGCUUUGGCGCCAUAUUUGAGGAUGAACUUUUUGAUAUCAAACUUCCGCUUGCACCCGUCAUAGUUCAUGUACCUGAGAGGGAAAACGAAACCGUGCGAUGGCAAUCGAUGAUGUUACACUCCAGUCGCAAAAUGAAGGGUGCAUCCUUACCGAAUUUUCCCAAAAACCUUCCUCUCGGCCCAACCUUGGUCAUGGAUCCCGCAGAUGGACCACAUGCACCCCACGAAACCAUUGGGAUCGCGUCCAUCCAGUUGAUAACGGUCAUUCAAAUAAAUGGCCGUGGCCAAGGCCUCUUCGGGACUCUGGGUCCAUUCCAAGAUCUUCUUGGCCCAAUACAUUCUG